GUCUCGAAAUCCAAUUCAUAUGCAUAAGCAUAAUAGUAAUCUUGUGCUGUGCAAUCGCGAGUGAUUCUUCCCUCAUUAAUUUGGGCUGAAGAUUCAGUUUUCAUUUUUUCGGUCGAUUGAUGGACUUCAUUCAAGAUGUUGUUGUCCUUGGAGUGGAUGUUUUGCUGUUGGGCGUGUGCUACUGGGAGUACUAUAGGUUUAAAAAAAUAGCUUCCGCUUUGAAGGAAGCUCCUCAAAUAUCAGUGGACGAAAAUCUCAAUGAUCGACUUAGAAAAAAUGAUGGUAAAAUUAAGUAUGCUGUCAUUCGAGGGACGGUUACUCCGAUUGGACAACCGUUGAAUUGUGUGAUGUCUCCGACAGUGACCGGUGUUUUGCAGGUGAUGAAACUCAAUGAGCAUUGUGUGGCUCGUGGAUUUUACGGUUUUUGGGCAGAGCAACGUAAAACUAUACACGUUUCGUGCAAUGAGGUGCCAUUCAAAUUGGUGAAUGGAAAAUUUGGCGUUGAGAUUAUUGACGGUUUGUCAUCCGAAUUCUUGGAUUUGGAUACGGUUUAUGACAACUACGAACCAAGCAGCUUAUCGAUGUUUGAUCACAUAUUUGGAUUUUUUUCUGGCGUCCGUCAAAAGGGUUUACAAACAACGGAGGAAGUGCUACGGGAUGGAAGUUUCAUAACGGCGGUUGGUGAGCUUGAACUAGAUGGCGACAAUGUACGAUUGCAACCCUCCUCGGUUGCUCCGAUGUUUCUGACAACUGCCACCAAAAAUACUUUACUAAAAAGAUACGGAGAAGCUAAAUCCUCUAUGUUAUUUAAAGUAAUCGUCUGUGGAACGGUAGCUGCAGUUUUGAUUGGCGUUAUCACUAGGAAAAUCUACAAACGUAAAAAGGCUGAAUGGGAUGCGAAAAAAUUACGAGAUAAGCUAGACAAAUCUCGAGCCCAAAGACGAGCUCUGGGUAGACAACCAGUAGUUAGUGAUGAACAACGAUGUGUGGUUUGUGUGGAUAAUCCAAAGGAAGUUAUUUGUCUACCUUGCGGUCAUGUCUGCUUAUGUGAAAACUGUGCUGAAAAGAUAAAAGUCAACUGCCCUGUUUGUCGAGCGAAAAUUGAAACAAAAGCAGCUGCAUUUAUUACUUAAAUGUUAAUGCUUCAAGUAUUUAAAAUUGAUAGUUAUUUUAACGAUCACAACUGUUACCUAAUGUAAACAAAUUUGGAAACAAUUGAACGCAAACAUUGAAUUAAAAAGGAAAUGCGUGUAUCCUGAAUAGAGAAAAUUCCUGAAAUUGAUCACCCGGUCAUAAUUUCAUUGUACUUCCGUUGAUCUUCCACCAUUUUCAAAAAGACGCGAUAUUUACGUUCAUGAUAAUCUCGGUUCAUUUCACUUGGGUCAGGUUUCACCACUUCGGCCGUUCCACCCAUUGCUAGAGCUGCUGACUAUAAAAUAGAUGUUCAGUCUAAAAACAUUUCUUGGAAUAUGGUUUACGGACACUUUACCUGUAAAUUUGGGUAAAUACCGGCAGCACAUGCUCCCAUCAUGGCUGAUCCGAGCAAAACUGCCUCGGUUUCAUACGGAAGCAACACAGGGACGGCGCAAAUGUCCGCGUGGGUUUGAACAAAAAGAUUGUUCUUACUCAGACCUCCGCACAGCAGUAUAGAACGGAUCGGUUCCCGUCCAGAUCGGGCCAGAACAUCCAGGAUGUGGCGGGUACCAUACUUGAAGGAAGAAAAAAAAAACCUUUAACAAUAGUACUUUUUUUGAUUCUAAGUAUUACAGUAUCAAAAUGAGAAUACGAUUUGAAAAAAAUGAAUUUUUGACAAUUUAAAAAAAUACUUACAGCCAAAGCUUGCAUUAGGGC